AGAAGAAGAGAUGGAGGAAUUAGUGAGGGGAGAGAUUGCAGGAGAGGAUGAAGGAUGAAGUGACAGAGUUCCAGCCACAUAUUUCUUUGAAUUCGGUGGUUGGACUUGCUAACCCGAAGACCAUUAAAAUGGUUGGCACCAUCCACGAGCAGGAGGUGGUGGUGAUGAUAGACCUAGGGGCGACACACAAUUUUAUUGCCCUUGAAGCGGUGGAGAAGCUAGGAGUGGAGUUGACACCUUCUAAAAUGUUCGGGGUGUCACUGGGCACAGGGGAGGCAGUACGGGGAGAAGGAGAGUGCAAGGCAGUAACCUUGCAACUUCCGGGUGUGGAAAUAACAGAGGAUUUCCUCCCACUCACAUUGGGAAAUUCUGAUGUUAUCUUGGGUAUACAAUGGCUUGAAAAAUUGGGCACCAUGAUGACAAAUUGGAAGACUCAGACACUAUCCUUCCAGCAUAAUGGGGAGGUUGUCACCAUUCACGGUGACCCUUCUUUGGGGCGCACUUGUAUCUCUUUAAAAGCAAUGAUAAUAACACUACGGAAAGAGGGGGUGGUUACUUGGUUGAGUUUAAUGCUAUGGAGGACGAACUACAGGAGGAAAGCAGUAAACAGGUGGUACCAACAGGGUUCUUACAGGAAAUGUUAGCCAAUUUCCAGCACGUUUUUUAUAUGCCUCAGGGCCUACCCCCGGUUCGUGGGAGUGAGCAUUCAAUUGUUCUUAAGGAGGGCACAGAUCCGGUGAGCGUAAGACCCUAUAGAUAUCCAUAGAGCCAAAAGGAUGAGAUUGAGAAGUUGGUGCAUGACAUGCUAAAGACAGGAAUAAUACAAGUAAGCAACAGUCCGUUCUCAAGCCCCAUGCUCUUGGUGAAGAAGGACGUAUCAUGGAGAUUUUGUGUCAACUAUCGGGCAUUCAACAAGGUAACUGUCCCUGACAAAUUUCCCAUACCUAUUAUUGAUGAGUUGUUAGAUGAAUUGAGUGGCGCUAAGUUGUUUACCAAGUUGGACCUCAAAUCGGGGUACCAUCAAGUACGAGUCAGACAUGAAGAUGUUCCUAAAACUGCUUUUCGCACUCACGAGGACAUUACGAGUUUCUUGUGAUGCCAUUUGGCCUCACCAAUGCCCCCGCCACCUUCCAAGCUUUGAUGAACGAAGUGUUUAGGCCACGUUUGAGACGGUUUGUGCUCGUGUUCUUUGACGAUAUUCUGAUUUACAGUGAGAGUGAGGAGCAGCAUAAGCAGCACUUGCAGGAAGUACUUAGCCUCAUGAGUAAACACCAACUUUAUGCAAACUUAAAAAAAUGUGAGUUUGGCAAAAGAAAGGUUGCUUAUUUGGGGCAUAUCAUCUCAGCUGAAGGGGUAUCUAUGGACUGGUCUAAAGUCCAAGCAAUGAUGGAG